GAUAUAAAGUUGCCGGAUAAUUAUCCACGCCGUCAUUGAUACACAGACCGCAGACGUUCGCACACAUUAGAUAGUAAACGUUAGAAAUGGUAGUGCCAGUAGAUAGGAUGUCCUCGUUGGAUAAGACGAAGAAGUUCGUGGGGAACGGGUUGAACAUCACGGUGAAAACCAACUCCAGGACCACCCUGGUGAUCGGCAACAACUGCAACGUGGACGUCGAAGAGAACCUGGGAAGUUUAAGGAUAAUCGGCGACAGUUGCAGAGUUACAGUGUCCAAAGGCAACGGACGGAUCGACUACGUCGGGAACAUGGGCAAAAUCUUCAUCGGUGAUAAUGUUAGUGAUAGCGUGGUGACCACAGUGGGCAACCAAAUAAAAGUGUCCUCGAAAAAGAACCACGACUGUGUCAGGCGUAGUGUUUCGGAGAAAGUGUUCAGAACUGAAGCCAUCACACCAACUGCCAACAUCAACAUUUGUAAUUCGAGUAAAGUGCACUUGUCUUUGUCGAAUCUGCCCAGUUUCGUCAACGGGAUUGUGAAAAAAGCCAAGCCGUAAUGGUGCAACAUUAGAACUGUUUAAAUGAAGUUAUAUUAACUUUGUGAACUUGCCUUAAUUCUAGUCCAAUGUUAUUUAUUAAUUAGUAUUUAUUAAGUAAUUCCUGUUAAUAAAGUUCCUAUUUUAAUAAUAAAAAAAUGUUCUUACU